UCUCUCUCUUGCCCUAAUUUUUGUUCCCCGCAGAUCUAUCGUUGACGGAGGUGGAGUAGAAUUCUGUAGCGGUUUCGUGACUUGGAAGCAGUCAAGGAAAGCUUUUCAAAUCCUGCUCUCGAAACUUCUGAAAGAUCACCAAGGGCCUUGCAGGGGUAACUCCAUUGGAGCUUACAAGAAAUGGAUCCUGGACGAUAUGUACUGCAGCAAGGAUGGGAUAAUAACAGCGCUUUGGAGGGGUAUGGUUCAUUGCAUGAGCCAGACUACCGGGUUGGUGGUUCAUAUGAUGGUAGGAGGUUUCUGGAUGAGGGAUUCUCUAGGGACAACAUCUAUCCUAGGGGCACCUUUCAUAGGGACAUUCUUGAGAGGGAUAAUUGUCCACCUUCAGCAUCUGUUGUUGGUGCUUGGCCUCAACCAAGAAGAGGUUUUGAUGAAGAAUAUGCACUUAUUAGGGAACCUAGGCGACAUGACAAGCCAUACAUUGAUAGUUUCCAUGAGAUGGAUGGUUUUCGUGAAGCUGAUAAGUAUCGUGAGAUUGAUAGGUUUCAGGAAGUUGACAAGUUUCGGGAUGGUUAUCGCGGUGUUGACAGCUACCGUGAUGUAGCGAGUUACCGUGAUUAUGGGUUUGAUAGACCUGCUAGGUUUGGAGGACGAGAUCGUGAUGAGUUUGCAGCUGAUGAUUACGAUUACAGACAACGUAUUUCCCACCAGAGCAGGGAGGAUAGUCGUGAAAGGGAUUAUGAUUAUGGUCGAUAUAGUUAUGAUUCUGAUCAUGACAGAGGUAGUAGGAGGGAUGGUAGUUGGAGGAAGCGGGAGUCUCGUGAUCGUGACCAUGACCGUGACCGUGACCGUGACCGUGAUAGGAGGAGUCGGGAAAGAGAUCAGAGUCCGCAUAGGAGGCAUGAACGUUCACGAUCUCAAUCUCGAUCUCGAUCUCGUGGCCGUGAUGAUCGAUUAAGAUCAAGGUCACCUCGAAGUCGCAGCCAUGGUCGAAGUCAUCGGGAGGAUAGCUAUGAUGACAGUUGGCAUGAAAGGGGUGAGAAACGAAGGGAUCGUGAUGACAAACGACACCAUGAUCAGUCAUCAGUGGCUCCGUCAGCUACUGUUGUUGUGAAGGGUCUGUCACAAAAGACAACUGAAGAGGAUUUAUAUCAGAUUCUUGCUGAGUGGGGACCCCUUAGACAUGUGCGUGUAAUUAAAGAACGGAAUUCUGGCAUCUCUCGUGGAUUUGCUUUUAUAGAUUUUCCUUCUGUGGGAGCGGCACGUAAGAUGAUGGACGGAAUUGGAGAUGAUGGUCUGGUCAUGGAUGGCAGGAAGCUUUUUUUCGAGUAUAGUAGCAAGCCAACCGGUGGAGCAGGUGGACCUCCUUAUGGACAGGAUAAUGCAGUGAAAUCUCAUCAUAGAAUUGCACCACCAUCUGAUUGGAUGUGCACUAUUUGUGACUGUGUAAAUUUUGCACGACGAACUUCCUGUUUCCAGUGUAACGAGCCAAGGACUGAUGAUGCUCCUGCUGCAGAUAUAGCGUCAUCUAAUUCCACACAGUUGGGAAGAAAAGGAUCGGAGGCAGCAGGGCCAACUCAUGUUUUAGUUGUUCGUGGGCUGGAUGAAAAUGCUGAUGAAGGAAUGCUUCGGUAUGAGUUCUCCAAACACGCUCCGAUCAAGGAUCUUCGUCUUGUCAGGGACAAAUUUACUCAUGUUUCUAGGGGCUUUGCAUUUGUUCAUUUCCAUUCGGUGGAGGAUGCUACCAAAGCUUUAGAAGCAACAAAUGGAACAACCCUUGAGAAGAAUGGUCAAAUUUUACGCGUGGCAUACGCAAAAAGCAUACAUGGACCAGGGUUGGGUGCAUCUGGGGCUUCACAGUCCAGCAGCCUUGCUACUGCUGCUAUUGAGGCAGCAACAUUUGCUCAACAGUAUGAUGCUGUUGGAUGGGCCCCAAAAGAAUAUAAUCCAGAUGAUAAACAAUCCACUGGUGGGCAGGAGCAAAGAAGUGGUGAUGCAGGUCAAAAGGAUGGCUCAGCCCCCCAAUCUGGAUUUGUAUGGGAUGAAGCAUCUGGUUAUUAUUAUGAUGCCGCCUCAGGGUUCUACUACGAUGGUAAUACAGGUCUUUAUUAUGAUAGUAACAACGGAACCUGGUAUUCUUAUGAUCAGCAAACUCAGCAGUAUGUCCCUUGUGGUGAUCAGAAUGACAAAGCUUCUGGAAAGGCAGCAAAUGAACAAAAGGCAUCUGAUGGUGCUAGUAACAGAAAAGUUGUGAUAUCUGCACCUGCUGCUACAAUAACAUCAAAUGACAAGACUGCGUCAUUACCAGAUGCUGUCCAAGCUGCUGCAACAGCAGCUCUUGCUGCAGAGAAGAAAGAGAAGGAGAAAAUGAAAGAGAUACGGUUAGCAUCCAAGAGCAGUAUUCUUGCAAACAAGAAGAAAAUGAGUAAUGUUUUAAGCAAGUGGAAGCAAAGGAAUAAUGAGGGUCAGGCAGCUCGAGUUGUUCUCGAUGACAGUCAAUCUUCAGCUUCAAUGGAUGACAGGCCUAAUGCUGUGGGGCUGUUGACUAAAAACAAGUUCAGAAGUGAUUCUGUGCCAGCAAAGGAAAAUACUACAGCCAACUUGGGAUUUUCCUCUGCAGGUGUAGGCCAUGGUGCUAAUAACACGUUCACUACCCCAACUACUGCACAGACUGCGUCUGUAGUUUCUGAGAUCAAACCACAACCUGUUGGUAAUAGUUCGGGAGGCACAAUAAUGGGGGUGAUUAGAGGAUCUGGAAGAGGAGUUACGAAGUCAGAUACAAUGCAUUCAGGUUCGUUUGGUGGGCCUUCUAGCCCUUCACCUGCUGUUACAGUCACUGCUGGGACAUCAACAGUUAAUCUAGAGACACCUCAAACUCCCUUCAGAACGGAUGCAUCUGCACUAGGUUCUUACGCACCACCUGCAGCUACUGGAAGUGGCAAGCGAAGGUUCUCUGAGCAGCCAGCUUCUACUCAUAGGGAACAGCCUCAGACAACAUAUAGGGACCGCGCAGCUGAGAGGAGGAGCCUGUAUGGAUCAUCGUCAUCUAUUGGGGAUGAUGUCUCAGAUUUUGCACUUGCUGAUUCAAAUCGAGAUUUGACAUUCAAAAAAGGUUCUCUACUGGAGACAAGUGCAAUGCCUUUUCCCCCUGGGGUUGGAGGACGUGGGCCUGGAGAUGUUACCAGCAGCAUCCAGAGUUACGAGGUGAUUUCAGCUGAAAAAGCUAUUGAUGAGAGCAAUGUGGGUAACCGGAUGCUCCGCAGCAUGGGCUGGCAAGAAGGCUUGGGACUAGGGAAGGAUGGGAGCGGCAUAACAGAGCCAGUGCAAGCGCAAGGCAUGGAACAUAGAGCAGGUCUUGGGAGUAAGCAGAGGAAGGUGGAACCGAGCUUGGAAGUGCAGGCAGGUGACAGUUACCGAACCCUCAUACAGAAGAAAGCCCUUGCCAGGUUCCGUGAGAUGUCUUAGUACAUCAAGCUACUUCAGUUAGUCCAUGUGGAGCUCUUGCCCCUUCCUUUUUUUGGUUUCUAUUGACAUGCUAGCUUUCUAGCACACUGUAAAUUCAAAUUAUUUAAAGCUUUUCAAUUUUUUGUUGAUUUGAGUGGAAAUGAGCUGUUUCUUUUGUGAGC